AUGGACGUCGGCAGCCGCACCGUGGAAGUGCAGCAGCUGGUCGAGAUGGAUCCGGAGAGCUGCUACGAUGCAUUCUUGAGCAAGGUCUGGAAGGAGGGUGGUGGCCUCGGCACGCCAAAAAUACUGCAGGAGGGCGACCCUGUGACCGGCGCCGACUGCGUCCGGCAAGUGGCGCUGGGUAUCGUGGAGCACAUCCUCCAGGGGCAGCGCGGCGACCACCUGGAGUACGUCAUCGAAGAUGGGCCAUGGCCAGCCAGCUACAAUCGCGCUCGUGUGGACUUCCGCUCCGCGGGCCAGGGCCAGACGUGCGUGACGUGGACCUCAAACUUCACUCCUGCGCUCUUCGG